GAUCAAAGUCGCAAUUGAGUCUCCACGAUCAGACCAAAGCAUGUGGAGCCAAACUGACAGGAUAUAAAACGGGUCUGACAACCGCAUCCAACUCGAAUCUUCCCCAGCAAGCACAACGAGAACAUCCCCACCCCAAAAGCACAGACAUAUCUCAUCUCUCUCUCAAGAAAGACAGAAAAAAAAAAUGCAAUUUUCCUCGCUCUUCACCGUCUUCCUCGCCGGCGUCGCCCUCGCGGCCCCGGCCUCGACCACAGCAAACAAGAAGCGCGACCUCGCCACCAUCACCGCCGCCUUCACCGACAUCCAGAACAAAGUCGGCUCGCUCGACACCGCCGUCAAGGCCUACCAAGCCGACCUCACAGACGUGUACAACGCGUCCCAGGACGUCCUCGCCUCCGUCGACAGCGGCAACACCAAGGUAGCCGCCACCUCGCCCGUCACGCUGUCCGAGGCGCUCAAGGUCGCCAACCAGGCCGACGCGCUGACAAAGGUCAUCAACACGGCCGUCGACGACGCGCUGGCCAAGAAAUCCGCGUUUGACGCGUCCGAUGCCUCCUCUACCGUCGCCGAGGUCUUGAAUGACUUCAAGGCUUCCGCUACCAAGUUUGGCGCCACGGUCAAGUCCAAGGUGCCUGCUAAUGCGCAGUCUAUUGCCCAGGGCAAGAUCGAUAACAUCAUCAAGGCUAUUCAGCGGGGUAUUGAUGGCUUUGCUUAGAGUGCUUGAGGCCGUGUGGGGAAGCUUGAAGUGCGCCGGUUGCGCUUGCCCCUUGCCCUUGGUGUGUGUGUGUGUGUGUGUGUGUGUGUGUGUG